AUGGGACAAUUGCUGAGUUUCAUCAAUGGCAAUGACCACGCCGAGCAAAUCUUCAUCGACUUUGAGAAUGCUCAACCAUCGGAUGAGGAGAGAGACCUCCACACUCAAGUCGCUGAGGUCUUGAACAAGGGACCAGAGAUACUCCAGAAGCUCACCACCUAUACAGGUUGUAACGAAUAUAUUAGAAGAGCCAUCACCAACCCAGGCCCAGAUACAGAGGAGACUGCUUGGGAGCACGUACUCCCCGCCGUGGAUAUACUGCAGGAGUUUUACGACUACUCUUUGUUGUUGGAGGGCUGUUUCCCCAAGUUGUUGGUGGCACUGUGCAAGCUCGAUCCAAAGACUAGCCUCUCCAACCAACAGGCUAUUGCCAAGCAGUUGGCAGAUGUAUUUGAUUUUGUAUUAAGAUUCGACGAUGCCAAGAUGGUCAACCCAGCAAUCCAGAACGAUUUCUCAUAUUACCGUCGUACUCUAAAUAGAAUGAAGUUGUCCAAGAAGGACGCCAACAUCAAGAUUCGCGAUGAGUUGGCUAACAGAAUGUCUCUGUUCUUUGCCUAUCCAACUCCAAUGAUGAAGGUGCUCAGUGAAACCACUGCCAAGUUCCUCCAAACUGAUACCACCGUACCAAGGGAGAACGUGACAACUACCCUGUCCACCAUGGCCAACGUGUGCCACGACAUGGUCGAUAAGAAGAAGUUCACCAACAACGAGAUUAAUAUGUUUUGUUUGAGAGCAAUGGUCGGCUCUGUCAUUUUGUACGAUCACAUCCAUCCACAGGGUGCCUUUGUCAAGAAGUCCCCAGUCAACAUCAAAGGAUGUAUUGUUACACUCAGAGAUCGUAACGUGGCCUCAUCCACUGAUGGUCUCUUGAACGCACUCCGCUUCACUACAAUCCACUUGAACGAACCUGAAACCCCUGGCUCCAUCAAGACAUUGCUCUUGAGUGAGUCUGAGUAA